CGCCAAGUGGCGCAUUUUGUGGGCGCAUUGUUUAUGCAUUAUUUUUUGUUAUUUGCAAAUUGCCGCUAAUUCGUAUUAUAUUAUCAGAUUAUAGAAUAAUAACUAUUUAGAUAACAGGAUUUAAGAUGUACGGAAAUGAAGAGGAACACGAAAGUGAUGAUGACUUUGAUACUGAGAUAUUUAGCCCAUCUUUCAAGCCUUCUUAUGUAGUUAUAGCCAUCGACACACAUCCAGGAAUGUUUCAGAAACAACAAACCUCUACUCCAUUUCGCGCCUGUUUAGAGGCGUGCCACAACUUGGCCGACUCUUUAAUCUUCAAACAAGAUAGUAGAUCAUGGAGCCCCUUCGCCGUAAUGCUAACAGGCGAGUCUACGCCGCUGAUAAGUUUUAAUAACAGCAUUUUGAAUACCGUUAAACUGUUGAAAGAUAAGUUACAGUUGACAGAUUUAGAAUUACAGCAAACCCACCAGAGGAAAGGUAAUUUGGAUUUAGGCGGAUUUUUCUUGACCUGCAAGAAAAUCUUUCACGAUGUGAAAUCGACGUUUCAUAAACGAACGUUGAUUUAUAUUAGCAAUGAUGACAGACCCAUUGCAGAUAAAAAUUCUAAAUUUAUAGCUUUGAAUGAAAUAAAAACAUUUGCAGUGAAUCAGAUCGAAUUCCAAAUUUUACCAACCAUCAAAAGUUUUAAUUAUAAGUAUUUUUAUAACGAGUUAUAUGCUAUAUUAGGAUCGCAGAAACGAGAAGAAAUAUGCACUGAUGCAGAGGGUUUAACUCAGAAACUGUCAUCGACGAUUUUGGCUAAGAUUAAUGAGAGGAAAGUGUUGUUUUAUCCCUUCAAAGGAGAUUCUGGACGAUUUUUGAAGUGCCUGCGUGUACAUUUAUUCUCAAAUAUACAACUAUCCAACAGUUUCAUGACCACAAAAGGUGAAAGAGUGGUAAAUACUAUGGUACCUGGAGAUGAGAAGCAUGUUUACAGCAUCAAAUAUGUCAAUGAAGAAAAAGCUGAUAGCGUCAAGUUUGAUCUAUCUGAAAAGAAUGCUUUCCAAGACUUCAAUCUACCCAAAGGUAUCACUUUAUUAUUUGUAGGAGACAGACAGCUGGAUGUGGGGCAUGUUUUUUCUAAACCAACUUUGAUCAAAGUGGAUCCAAAAGAAGAAGUCCCAUUUUUUAAAAAGUUUUGGGAUAAUUGUGUUGCCAGCAAUAAGGUAUUGGUCUGUUGUUUGAAGGCUUGGCAGCCCGAUAGGUUGAGAUAUGUGGAAUUGAUUCCAGUACUUGUAGAUAAUCAACAAAUGUUUAUAGAGAAACGUCUCCCUUUUGGCAAUGAGAUGUCAUGGCCGGCAGCGAUUGAAUAUCCUGAAGAAGAAGAAAAUGAAGAAAGAAAAUCUGCUAUCAAAGAAUUAGUUGAUAAAUUGACCUUCGAAUUCAAUCCCAAAAUGUUGCCAGAUGUGUCAUUCCAAAAGAAAAAGGCUUAUAUUAAAGCCAAAUUAUUAGAUGCCCCUAUGGAAGAGGUGGAAACUGUGGUGGUCGACCAGGAACAACUAGAUGAGGUUUUGAAUGAGGUUGUGAACAAUAUAAAAGAGAAAUUUGAUUUGGUGGAGGAACCCAAGAAGAGGAAAGGCCCCCAGAAUCCCGGCCCAAAAAACAAAAAAAUUAAAUAAUACAUUUUUUUUAGUAAAUUCAAUUUGUAACUUUUACAUUCAUUGUUUUUUGUGUAGUUUGAUUGUCGUGUAAAAAGACCGUAUGCAUAUUUUAUUCCAGUGUUUGUGUUUUUAUUAGUUAAUCCUUUUUUAUCAUGUAUUUUAUUUAAUUAAACCAUUUUAAACAUAGAUGUAAAAAAUAUGAAAACGCAAAGAAAGGUGUUUU